AUUUUUAUAUAUUUAAAUCAUGGUCAGUUUCGCCUGUUGUCGUCGGUGUGACUGACUUUUUCACGUAGUACAAAAUUAAUUUUUCAAUGUUAGGCACAGUUUGAACCACAGGAGAAAACCUUUCGUGCGGAGACUCGAAAUUUCACUGCCUUUUAUUUUACUGUCAAUUCUAGAAACGAAAAAUCUGAAAAACAUCUCACAAAAAUAGAAAAAAAUGACUUACGUAGGGACGAAAAGAUGCAUCGAUAUAGCAGAACCCAAGAAGGCACGGGUGACAUUGAAAAACGGCGAAAAGAUGCCCGUCCUCGGAUUUGGCACAUACAAAAUGUCAGAUAAGCAUGUUUUGGAAGCGGCCUUAGAAACUGCCAUCUCCAAUGGUUAUCGCUUGAUUGAUACUGCAAGCACUUAUGACAAUGAAGAUUUAAUUGGAGAUGCUUUGAAAAAUGUUUUAGCCAAACUGCAAAUCAAUCGCAAUGAACUCUUUAUAGUUUCAAAACUAUCUCCCAAGGAGCACGGAAGGGACAAAGUUAAGAAAGCUGUGACGACUUCUUUGAAAAAGUUACAGCUUAAUUAUUUAGAUAUGUUUUUAAUACAUUGGCCAGGAGCUGGGAACUUAAAGCCGAAUCAUCCUCAAAACAAGACGUUACGGAAAGAAUCUUGGCAUGAGUUGGAGUCGUGUGUCCGAGACGGGCUUGUUAAGUCGAUUGGAGUGUCGAAUUAUACUUUUCCCCAUUUAGAAAAUCUGUAUUCAUACUGUAGCAUUGAACCAUCAGUCAAUCAAGUAGAGUUUCACAUUCAUUAUCGGCAGAAGGACGAUAUAAUAAACUUCUGUAGCAAUAGGAAUCUUUUGUUACAAGCUUAUGGUUCAUUUGGGGGCGAAGAAGGAGCAAAUGUUCUAUUAAAUGAUCCAACGGCUGUACAAGUUGCUCAAGAUUUGAAAGUCACUGUGCCUCAGUUGCUGUUAAGGUGGUCUUUGCAAAAAGGCUUUGCUGUAAUUCCAAAAUCCUCCAAGCCUGAAAGGAUUCAGGAAAAUUCCCAAUUGAAUUUUGUUAUCCCUCCUGAAAAGAUGAAGGCAUUAGAUGGCAUAACAACAAGAAAAAAGUACGACUGGAAUCCUGAUGAUAUUGUCUGAAUAAUAUUAGAACACAUCUGUCUUUUUGCAAACUGCCAAAAUACAAAUAAAUUUUAAAUAUACUUGGUUUGGUUUUUGAGCUGA